UACGACAUCGUUGUUUACUGGUUGGUAGGUUUGGAUUCACUUACGGUAGCAAUUUCAUGAUUUAUCUGGAACUUGAAGAAUGGUGUUCUAGUUAUUUUAAGCGACAUUCCAGACCCAGAUGUCUUCAGAACUGCUAACAUAGAAUAGGUACAGAUUCAGCAGCAGUUAUCAUCAGUUUGGGUUGACUAACAAAAGGAGUAGGAAAUCAAAGCUACUGAACUUGAAGGAGGAAACCACAGAAGACAUGUCCAAAUAUGAGUCUAAAAAGUCAAAGAAGGGAUCAUCAAAGUCCGGUAGUGUUGUAUGGACAGUGAAAAAACAGUCAGCUGCCCUUGAUUCUGAUGGCCCUGUGGGAUAUGGCUCUAGCUUUGUACCAUCUGUGCAGCAGCAGUCAGCAAGCCUUGAUUCAGGUGGCCCUGUUGGGUAUGGCUCUAACAUUGUACCAUCUGUGAUGCGGCAGUCAGCUGGCCUUGAUUCAGGUGACGCUGUUGGGUAUGGUUCUAACAUUGUACCAUCUGUGAUGCAGCAGUCAGCUGGCCUUGAUUCAGGUGAUGCUAUUGGGUAUGGCUCUAACAUUGUACCAUCAGUGAUGCAGCAGUCCAUGGCUCUUAGUUCAAAAGUUGCCAAGAGACCUCCACCCCCACCUCCUGCUCCUCCACAGGUGGCACCAGCACCCCCACCAGAUCUGCAGGCCUACCUAGCUCACCCACCCAUGAAUCCGGCAGCUCAAACAAAAAGGGUAAAGAUAAACCCUCGAGACUUAGAACUGGAGAGAAAGAAAUUAAAGAAACCAUAUGAAAUAAAAAAACAAGUCGACCUUGAGAGAGAUGAUUUCUUUGACCUUCACAAGAAUUAUAGAUAUAUUCCACUGGUGGAUGCAAGGGAGUCUAUAAGAAUGUCUACACUGAAGACAGAAGUUGUAUCAAUCAGUUUUGAUGGAAUUGAGCAGCUGACUGAUGCGUUUCUCUUCAGUCUGUACCACUGUAAACUGAACCUAAGUACAGUCAAGUGGAUCUCCCUCACAGAUGAUGCUGUACUGUAUAUAACAAAAUGGCUGUGUUUUGCUCUUAUGAUGACUGUAGUUUUGUCCUGUAUAUUACAGUAUGAUGACUGUAGUUUUGCUCUGUAUAUUACAGAAGAUGGCUAUAGUUUUGCUGUCUAUAUAACAUAUGAUGACUGUAGUUUUGUGUUAUGGGGCAUGAGUAAUAGUAAAGACCAGACAGACUAUGAAGAGACUGUUGAGAAGAUGCAUGAAAAUGUGAGGAAAUAUUUGUCAAAAUGGCUUGACAGAUUAGAUGGAGCCAUACGCACUGGCAUUCAUACUAAUUGGAGAAUGGCAGCAUUUAACUAUCAGGAACAAGAGGUCCUGUCAUUGGGGCAAAAACAACUACGAGAGAUGAGGUCAUUGCUCAGUGAAAAUGAGCCUACAAAGCAACUUAUCUCAAGCUCUGUGAAAGUUGGUGAACAGACAAAGUUGACAACAUCAGACCUGAAAUUUUUGUCACUGAUUGUUGAAGCAGAUGAGUCUCACUUUCCUUGGAAUAGGCAAGCCAUGAUGAGUGACAAGGUGCUAGAAUACAGUGCAACACUGAAGAAAACAGCUUUCAAGUUGACAACAGUUUCCAAUGUCCAGAAUAUCUGCAAGUUUAAGGGCCUUCCAGGGAGGACUUACAAUGCAAACAUGGCUAAACUGAUCACAUACGCUGCCCUGUGGGGACAAUGCUUGUACUACCCAGAGCUAGAGAUAGGCCCAGUUGUCACAGAUUUCCAGUUUUUGGCAGAAGUCAUACAAAAGUUAAUGUUUACAGCUGCUCCAAGGUCAUGUGAUAUUCGUUGCCUAGGAGACAAAAUUCCAUGCUGGAAACAUGAAGACCUGAUGAAAGUUUGGUCUGGAGCGUCUGAGGAACAAAGCAUGUUACUGAUUUUACCAGUCCAACAACCUCCAAUGCUGGAAGAGUUCUGGCCAUUGAAGAAAGGUACACGUGUUGUUGAGAGAACAAAGUUUUUCUUCUGUUGUCCGGGACUUCCAGAAUCUUUCUUCCCAAAUCUGCUCAGACAUGUAUUCAAACUUGGUGGACCGGUGCUUGCUUGGAAGGAUGGAGCUGUCAUACAGAAAGGACAUCUGUCAGUACUAGUGGAAAAAAUAUAUGAGUGUCAGGGCUUGCCAGUUAUUGUGAUGCAGGUACGAGGCCCUGCUCUUCAAGAAAUGAAACACUCAGAAGACUGGACAACUCUUAAACUCUACACAAAUGUGAUUGAUUCUUUGGGAUUGAAAUACAGGCUUGCAUUUGAUAAAACUGUUCCAUGUCUCUAUUGCCCAAAUUCCACUGUCGACAGUAGAUACGAAAUUCUGCGUUCUAAAAAGCCAGGAAGAUACUUCCAUGAGCAUUUGAUUCGAGCAGGAGAAAACAGAGAAUUGAAGUGUAAACACUGUAAUAAUACAAGUUCAGCUCCUCUUCAGAUUGGACCAGCAACUAACUUGACAGAACUUGUACCGGCUCAUGAUCGUUCCGGGUGGGCCAGCCCAACCACAAACCUCCUCAACAGAUGUGUUAUGUGUGAGAACUGUGCGAUUGAUGGUAUACAUUGUGCUGUCAAUUUGAAACAGGGAAUAAGAAACUGGCAGUGUGGAUGUGAGCGAGAAGGCAUGUUGUGUAAUUAUUGUGGCAUGUGUCAGAGAUGUUGGGUCUUCAUCAAGAGAGGAGUAGCAUUGGUUGAGCCCGUGUUUAUGCCCCCACAGUCAGGACGAUAUUCGCAAGACCAGUUAAUAGCAUUGGAUGAGGUCAAUGUGACAGAGAAGGGAAGCAUUGUGGGAUUGCUGACUUCAUCAUCGGAGAUAAAUCUCAAGUCCAGUUUACUUACGCCAAACUACUGUCCAGAUCUUACUGUCACAGUCAUUAAAAAUGGGAGUUUCUCACUAUCACUUUCCACGGUUGCAAAAAAUAUGCCAGUAAUAAAGUAUAUGAGUGAAACUGGAAAAGUACUUGAAGAGCUGGAGAAGCAAACUGAGAAAGAGAUACUAGGGGGUGAUGCUUUCCGUUGCUGUAAUAAUGGUGAUACGGUCAAAAUAGCCUUACGCUACUUGAAGGGAAGCUUCAAGAUGAUGAGAUUGAUGUUACUGCUCAAUGAUACAGAGAUAUACAGUGCAGAGAUGAAUGCAAUGAGAGUCACUGUGAAGCUGAAUAGUUUGAGUUCUGCGGGUGUCUUCCUCCAGAUAAAAACACCAGGAAAAUUUCUGAACGCACAGAAAUCAGAGAAGACAGAAAAAGCAGAGAAGAACUGUAGUGAAGCUGUACUGAGCCUGCCCUGUGCUUUAGAGAUGAAGAUGUAUGGAAUGAUAGAGGCCAUUGAACAAGUAGUGUUUGGUGGGCGUGGCCUCAGUUUGUCUGGAUCUGCCUGUCUUACACUCCCCUCCAAAAUUACAUUAGACAGUCUCAAGUACCCCAGACUACGCUUAUUUGAUGAUGUCAGUUAUCACCAUAUGUGUCUGACAUGGAACCCAGUUGGAGGAAAAGCUACACUUGGUUCUCGAACCAAAGGUGAUGGUGUACUGAAGGAUCGUACAAGCUACAGUACGUGGAUGUUAACGCGUCUAGUUCACCUUAUUGAUGCGGACGGUAUUAACCAGAAGAGUGUCAAUAAUACAGAUGAUUUGGUUUCUCUCUUUUGGAUGUGGCAUUUCAUCGUUUCCACUUACCCAGAGAUGAUUCUACCAGGUACAACAUCCAAGCUGUUUGCAGAUGAUUUCCUCACGGAUGACAACCAGCUGCAGGUAAAGGAAGGCCUUCGGUCACUGGUCAGGACAGCGCUGUGGUGGCAUUUCAGUCAGUUUGACAUUGAUUCAUUGGAAAGGAUGCUUAAAACUAAUCAUCAGGGAAAAACCUUUUUUUUGACGGCAAAAAAUGAUCUGGUACAAGGUUCAUUGGCACUUCAAGAGAUGCUGCAGGACAAUUUGGAGAAGACAGGUCUCAAACAGACAUGUAGCAGGUUCAAUAAGAGUCUAACACUCUACCUAUGCCCAGCUCACACAGACUGUAUGCGCAUGAAGGAAAGUUUACCUGAUAUAUUACCUGAGCUUACCGGACAUUAUGCAGAAUUUCUCACAUUCAUUGAUAUGUCUUACAAUGAUAUCAGUGUCAUACCCGACAGUUUCUUCAACAAGUUGCCAAACCUUGUGGAUCUCAAAAUAGCUCAUAAUUUCAUCAGUGAAAUACCAGCAUCUGUAAAGAAUUGUAAGAAGUUGAUGAGUUUAGUUGCCAUGGAGAACAACUUGUCAGAACUUCCUGAAGAGUUUGCACAGCUGCAGAGUAUUCAAACCUUGGAAAUUGGGAAUAAUUGUUUCUCUACAGUUCCCAGUGUUGUGACAAAGAUGACAGGGCUUACUCGACUUAGCUUUCCCUACAUGAUGUUUACAGAGAUGCCUGAAGAUAUCGGAAACCUUGUAAACCUGAAAUAUCUGCAUGCCCAGGGUAACUGUUUCACCAAACUCCCCAAGAGUUUCACCAAGCUUGUCAAUCUGGAGGAACUUCUGCUAACCGGAGUACAGUGGGCAAAGCUAAGCUCAUCCCAAGAGCAUAUGUCAUUCAUGGAGUUCCAGCAUUACCUACAGAAGAAGGUGGAAAGAUGGCUGAAAGCUAAUGGCAAGGAUAAAGGAGAGUUAUUUCACAUGUUUGAUGAGAACAGCAAUGGUGUGUUAGACAUUAAAGAAGUGGGAAAGCUAAAUGCUGCCAUCUUUAAUCUGUUCCCUAGAUUUGGAUACAAAGGCAAAGAGCAGCCAGAUGAGUCAAGCCCUGAUGGUUUUCCGAUGGAGGUCCUGAGCUGUAAAAAACUGAAGGUGUUACUCCUGCCUAACCAGGGGUUUACCAAAAUUCCCCCGGAAAUAUGCCAGCUAGGAAACCUUUAUGAGCUGAACAUCAGUCAGAACCCCAACCUUCUGUCUAUACCAGCAGAAAUCAGCCAGAUUAAAUCAUUGAAAAAGUUAGAUUUGGAUGAUUGUCCACUGUUGAAGACCCCACCACGUGAGAUCAGAGAGAAGGGAUUUCACUCAACAUUUGCCUACCUCCAGCGACUGAUGAGUGGAGCAGUGUUGAGCAAGAGAACAAAAUUAAUGUUAGUUGGACUUGGAGGAGCUGGAAAAACUAGUUUAGUGAAGGCACUUUUGAGUGAGACUGGUAAAGCUGAACUUGAACAAGGGGAGGCAAUCACUGAUGGUAUAGACAUAGAAACAUGGCAGGUGAACCAUGAGGGUGAGAAGAUAACCUACAAUAUAUGGGACUUUGCUGGUCAGACAGUCUAUUACAACACACAUCAGUUCUUCCUGUCUGCAAAUAGAGCUAUAUAUCUGCUGAUGUGGAAUGUUAGACUUGGACAUGAGCAUGCUGGGCUUGAUUUCUGGCUGAGCUCAAUAUCUGUACAAGCUCCAAAAGCUCCGAUAUUUGUAAUAGGAACUCAUAUAGACCAGGUGAGCAAGUCAGAGCUGCCUAUAGAAGAAAUGCAGCAGCGAUACCCACAAGUUAUUGGCUUCCAUUUCAUCAGCUCCUUUACUGGACAGGGUAUAAGUUCACUGAAGACGAACUUAUUUGAGGUGACCUUACAGCAACAGUACAUGGGAGAACAUAUACCAGCUGUAUGGCUCACUUUUGAGAAGAAUAUUGAUAGAAUAAAGGAAAAGAAUGAUAUUGUGACAUACCAGGAGAUUGAGUUGUUAGCCAACAAGUCUGGUAUCUUUGAACCUUCAGAGAUUUUCCAAGCUGUCCAGUUUCUACAUGAUCUUGGAAGUGUCCAACAUUUUUCAAAUGAAUAUCUCAAGUCUAAUGUUGUGAUCAAUCCACAGUGGAUAGUUGAUGUGAUGGCUUGUGUGGUGUCGGUGAAAAAUGAUUUUAUCCAGAAUGGUCGCCUCUUGCAUGAGGAUAUAGAUAAGGUAUGGAGUGCCUACCCAAAGAAGUUACGCGGCUGGCUUCUACGGCUCACAGAGGAGUUUGAUCUGACAUUCCCACUGAAAGAUCAACCAGUGAAUCUGGUACCAUGUCUUCUACCAGAGAAGAAACCACAUUUUGUGUGGCCUGAGAUUGAGAGGGGUUCAGAUUUGCGAGAAAACAAAAUGGUGUAUACUUUUGAUUACCUUCCAGCUGGACUUUUUAACAGAGCUCAGAUAAUUCUUUUUCAAUAUAGGUCAUGUUUUAUAUUAUCCAGGGAUUCUGAAAUGGUUGUAACUGCACAGGGCCCCAGACCCGAGAAUAUCCUGUUCCUCGUGCAUGAAGUGUUUGAAGGUCUGAUUGCUGAAUCAUUCCAUGGUGUCACAUAUGACUUCACUAUGCCAUGUCCUGAGUGCCAAAGAAUGGUGGUGAAAGAUCCACACCUGUUUGCUGCCUCAACCAUACGAAGAGCUCUUGAUAUGCAGGCUCCAUUCCUGCAGUGUAUCAAAUACUUCCACACCAUUUCAUGUGCCACAUUGCAAACAUUGUUACCCCCAGACAGCCACAGUGAUUUUGAUGCACAACUUAUACAUUGUGUACAAGGACUCAAACAUCUACGCAAAGACCUAGCAGCAGAUAUAUUUAUCUCCUAUUGUUUUAAAGACAAUCAACUGAAUAAAUCUUCCUUCAUUUUACCAUCAAGAGUUCACAGUGAUCUUGUAAAUAAAGGAUAUAAAUGCUGGUAUAAAGGGCAAGAGGAGAGCCAGUCUACAGAUGAAAUGGCAAAAGCUCUCAUAGAUUCCUCUGUGUUUGUUGCAUUUGUCUCUGUAAACUAUGCUGAUGACAUAGACUGCGUCAACAUCUUCAAAUAUGCUAGACUGGUUCUGAAAAAGACUAUGAUUGUGGUUGCCAUUGGAGAUGGGUUUGAAUGGAAACACAGCAAACUUGGAAUUCUACUUUCAGAUGAGGUGUUUGUGAACAUGACAAAACCAAAGUUAGAGUACUACAACAGUAAGUUUGAGGAGUUGUUGAGGACGUUGAAGGACAAGUCUGAGGUUGAUGCUGAAACACAAGCCAGUCCAAAACCUCAGGUUUUCUUCAGUUACACAUGGGUGAACUCGUCACAGGCUGUUGCCCUGGGAACCAGAGAGAUACCAGGUGCAUUAGGGUAUGGAGAUCCAAGGGAGUUGAAAACAUUCCUUGAAGAGCAAGGAAUACGGUGUUGGAUUGAUGUCGAGCGUGUUGGAAUGAAUGGAUUAUUUGACGAUAUUGCUGAAGGGUUGUUGAGUGCUAAGGUUGUGAUUGUUUGUGUGUCUGAUGAGUAUGCAAGCUCCUCAACGUGCCAGAUGGAGUUCCGCUACGCAGCUAAUACACUCAAAUUACCAAUCAUAAUGGCUGUCGUCGGUACUGGCGAUAACUGGAGAGCUUUGGAGGUUGGAUUGACUUCAGUACAGUAUCCAAUAGUAAACUUCCAGGAGAAGACAAAAAAUGCCAGGAAGAAGUUAGUGAACUUGGUUAGAGAAAGACUAAAGAACAUGGACGAUGUUGAAACUACUAAAGCACAGAAAGAUAAAUCCAAUGAGGAACAUAAAAAUCUGUCUUACCAGGAGCUUUUUGAGCUAGGUCAGCGAAGGUUGUUACGUCAGUUGAUGAUGUAUGCCGAGAACCAGGACCUGGACAUCUAUCCAAGAGUGUUUGUUGUAGACUUUGCUAAAGAACCCGAGGACCAAGAAAUUCCAGGUACUGAUGAAGACAUAGGUAAACUGGAAGAAGAGAAAGCAGAUGUUGAAAAAGAGAAAUUGUUACUUAAAAGAGAGAAAAGCAACACAAAGAAAUUGCUUUCCAAAAAGUCUUCAGUGAUGUAUCCUGCCUAUAGACUUCAGAAAUAUUGUGUAUAUACCCUCUGUGAACAUGAUGAGGGCUGGCAUAGUGUGGCAGAACCUCUAGAGUUGGAAGCAGAUUUUGGUGUAGCAAGUUUAGAUAUGUUUAGUCCCUACAUAUCUCGACUGACCACGGUGAUGAAGUAUAACAAGAAACUAGUGCUCAACUGUUUAACAGAUGACGUCGGUGAGGCUUACAUGGACUGGCUAGAAAAGAGCCCAGAAGCCACGAUGUCUGACUACCAGAAUGUUUACCACAGUUUUAGAGAGAUGGUGUAUAGACUAGAUACAGAAGGCAAAAUGGGAAAUCUCAGCAGAUGUCAUCUGUCAAGUGGGAAGACAAUUUGGUUGUGUGAUAAGCACCGUGACUCAAUGAAAGUUACCUGCCUUAGUAAAGAUGACAAGAGUGUGAACCUAACGAAGGAUGCAGAUACUAAGGUGACAAACUGGAUGUUGACAGGUCUCCGCACUGUGGACCAGGAAAUGUUCAAGUUCAAGUCAAGUGGAAAUGCGCCCCGUCCAAAAUCAGAAAUGAACAAAUAUGGAGAAGGAAGGAAAGCAAAGUGUGCAGAGAAAAAGAAAGAAAAAGAUGGCAAAGGAAAGCAUGACCAAAAAACACAUGGGAAAAGAAAACAGGAACCAAGUGACAUUGUUGAUGGGGCAGAGCAGGGAACCAAGGACCAAGAGGAAACAGAUCAACAAGAAGUGAAAAACUCAUCUGUUGUCAAGGAAGAGUCAGAUGCGACAUUAGUCCCGGAGAUGUCAAAGCAAACUACCAUAAAAGACAUAGCUGGAGUACCUCACCAGACAGAGAGAGUACAGUCCGCGGAUACAGCAUCUGUCAUUUCCGAAGCUUCACAAUCGUCAGCAAGAAACUCGGCAACAGAAAAACGUAAACCAAGACGGCCUCUGCCAGGACAGUCACAGUAUAAAACUCCAACUUAUAAGCAGAAAAGCAGGGCAUGUGAAAUAUCAUAGAGUUCUACUUUGUGACUGCAAAUAGUAGACAUUUUGGCUAUUACGCCUACCUUUAUCAGAUUUGUUGAUCGGCAGAAAACUCAGUAUGAUUCUGUCACAUUUAGUACUUGAGUUGCAAACAUGAUUUGAACAGCAGCUAUUUUACACAUAUUCUUCAUUCAUAUACCUAGUUAUAUUUGACAUAUAAUUUUCAAUUUGUAUCUGUUAACAAAAUGUAGUGUAUGCUUAAUGUUUCGACAAGUGAACAUUAUCAUUCUUUUAUUUAAUACAAUGAUAUAGCCCAACUUCAUUCGUUCAAACACAGACCACUCAAACACUUCCCUUGUCUCACUCACUGUCCGGUUCUGGCAAACUCCCUAUAUGAUACAUAUUAAAUAUAACUGUUGCCUCUGUCCCAUUUUAACUGUAGCAUACUGUCUUUUUUAGCUUUUAUUCUUUUAACAUUGUAACAUAUCAGUUCUUUAACAACUGUUUCUCUGACAGCGCCGCCCAGUGAUAGUCGGAAAUCGACGGUUGGGUGAAAGAUGUAGAUGUAGAUGUAGAUGUAGAUUGCUGUACCUCGUAUCACUUGAACACGUCUGUCUCGAAUUCUCCUAUAAUACCUGCAGUCCCAACAACUAUAUUUCAGUGUAAAUAAUAUAUUUUUGGCUCGAACAAGGAAAGGUACAAGUUUAAUCUCUAUUAUUUAUGUUCCGUUUUGUUCUAUUAUUUACGAUCCGUUUGCACAUAUUUUACACCUUGCCAAAUUUGAUAUAAAAGGAACGUUUAUUAAUCUAGGAUAAUUUGAUAGUGUUCGGUGUUUUACAACUUUAGAAGUAUUUGUUAACAUUUUAAUUUAUUGUUUUAAAAUACGCAACUAUUUAUGAAAUUGAAAUACAAUAUGUACCAACUUCUUCUGAUAUAUGCAAUUUUGUAUUAUGUUUUCCUAUGAUUUCAGAGAACUUUGUACUCUUAUCAAAGUCUAUGAUUUCAUGAUGCAUGAUACUUAUUUGACCUUUACACAUAUUAGAAAAAUAUUGCUUUACUUAUGUUAUUUGAUAUGUUUGUUUUAAAUCAGCCUUAUAUCAAACCGAACAUUUUCGUUUUUGUUGUGUUGAGCGACCUGUGGAGUUUCCACUUUUUCUAUUUUAUAGUAUAAAUAUGAUAAAAUUAGAAACUGUUACAUCGUUUUCAGAUAUGCCUCAGUUAAUAUGCUUGGCAAUGUUUAGAAUACGUCUCAUAGAUCCACAUGUUAAUCUAAUAUAUUCAUAUUUAUGUCAUUAAUGAAAACUCAGUUGACUUGAAUUUCCAAUUACUAGCACAAAUUUUGACAGGCCCUUCGAAGUCGAGCGAAUGAAGUUUGACUGUAUAAGUAAUAGGUUUUAGCUUAAAUUUGUAUUUUUCACUGUAAAAAUGAGUGCAUAUUUUUAUGAUGGUUUGAUAAUCUUGAUCACAUACGCAUUUAUACUGAUUGCACAAUAAUGGUCAUAUGACAUAUAUAUGUAUUGACUUGAUUGCUUAGUGUUUUUAGUAACUAGUCCAAUGACAUAAUGUCUUGUAAUAAUUUUAUUAUGUUGCUUUUUUCCUACAGCUUUUUGCAUGAAUGAUUAUCAUCCUUACAUUUACUUAGGUUUUGUAUGCUUCUUAAUAAAUGGUAAUAUUAAGAAAUAGCCAUAGCUGUUGGAUAUGUAUAGGUUUUUGUAAUACAGAAUGUUACUUAAUGGAAGUUAUAUUAAGAUGUUUUUACCAUCUUUAAUAUACUUUGACUGAAAUUGUUCUGUUUCUUGAUCAAAACUGCUAAUUCAGUUAUAUUUUACUGUGUUUUUUUUUUAAUGAGGGGAGGGGUGGGGAUGGAGUUUAUUAUCAUCACACAGUUGUGCCAAAUAUUAUUGAUAUUUUCAGAAAAUUAAGGGUAUUUUUAAUCAUGAUGUUGUGAAAGAUUGAUACAUACCUUAAGUUCUUGUGACAGUGUGAAGGACCAGUAUUCACCUUACCAUCAGUGAAAACUGAAUCCUUUUAGCAGAAAUGAUCGUAAUUUAACAAAUGGUAUUUGAUAGACCCUAUAAUGUUUAUGCAUAAUUUGGCUAUAAACAGUAGAUUUUCUACUUAUAGGGUUACACCUUCAUCAGACCUGACAGUCCUCCUAACACUAACUUGUUAAGUUGCUGUAGCUCUGAUGCUCCACACUCAAGAUUUGGUUAAGUUCUUUUAGCCCUGAUGAUCCAGUCCUGGGCUUUGUAAAGUUCCCUUGGCCCGGAUGAUUCAAACACUGGGUUGUUUAAGUUAUUGUAGCCCAGAUCAUCUAAACACUGACUUAGUUAAGUUGUUUUAGCCCAGAUUACCUAAAAACUAGCUUAGUUAUGUUGUUGUAGCCUUGAUUACAAAAAUACUGACUUUUCUGAGUCGCUGUGACCUUGAUGAUACAAGCACUGCAUGACUUAGUUAAUUUGCUGGAGCACAGAUUAUUCAAACACUAGCUUAGUUAUGUUGUUGUAGCCUUGAUCACCAAAAUACAGAUUUUACUGAGUUGCUGGAACCCUAAUGGUCCAAACACCGACUUAGUAAAUGGAACACGGAUUAUUCAAACACUAGCUUAGUUAUGUUGCUGUAGCCUUGAUCACCAAAAUGCUGACUUUACCGAGUUGCUGGAACCCUGAUGGUCAAAACAGUGACUUAGUUAAUUUGCUGGAGCAAAGAUUUUCUAAACACUGGCUUAGUUACGUUUUUGUUGCCCAGAUCACUAUCUUAGUUAUGUUGUUGUAGCCCAGGUUAACCAACCACUAGCUUAGUUAUGUUUUUGAUCACCAGAACUCUGACUUUAUUUAUUGAGGUGUUGUAGCCCAGAUGAUCCAAACACUGGUUAAGUUAAGUUGCUGUGGCAUUGAUCAUCCUUUUACUGGCUUAGUAAAGGUGCUUUAGCCCUGAUUAUCUAAACCUUGUAUUAAUUAAGUUGAUGUAGCGAGCCCAGAUAAUCCAAAAUCUGACUUACUUAGGUUACUAUAGCCCUGAGUGGCCAAACACUUACUUGGUUAGGUUACUGUAGCCCUAAUCAUCUAGACCCUUCUGUUGUUUAUGUGCUGUAGUCAGACAUGUUUUUCACAGUUGUGUUUUAAUUUAUUUUAAACAAUGUAAAGUCAGGAAACGUUCAUCAACUCUUCAUCUUUUCUGCUAAGAACAUUUAUUCUCUUCAAUUUUCAAAAAUAUACUUAUUCUCGAACGCAUGCUGUGUAAAUGCUUUUAUAAAAAAAUUAUUUUUGUAUAUACUUCUAAUUGUUAAUGUUUGUUACACAACUUGCUUUUCCUAUAUAUAUUUCUUGUCAGUUUUAA